AAAAAAAAAAAAUCUAUGGAAACUAACAUUUAAUUGUUAGCAGUCUUGCAGAGACCUACAGGCAUCAGGGCACCUCGGGGGCCUCAUGAGCCUGGGGGCCCCGCCUGCCUGGUGGGAAAGGCAGGGUGCUGCCUGCUCCCGGAAGUACCUGCAGGACCUGGCGGGGUGGCAGCCGCGGUGGAACUCACAUGCCCACCCCCACCGUCACAUCAGACAGGAGGAGCGACACCGCAGCUGCCAGAGGUGGGGGAGGCGCCCCCACCCAUUGUCCAGCCCAGGAGGCUCCAGAACGGGAAGCAGGUGCACAGUUAGCAGCAGCGCCCAGGGCUGUCCAGAGGCUUGCCCAGACCCUGGGGCAGAAGGCCAGGAGGUGGCCAGGAUGGGGCCCUGGUGUGCACUGUGGCUGCUGCUCACACUGCCGGACGUCCUGUGGGGCCAGGUCCUGAACCCCCUGCCGGUGCAGCUCGGGAUGCAGAGCUUCCAAGGAGACCAGGUACGUAGCCUUCCAGGAAGGGAGGCAGCUGGCUGGGGCCCCAGUGUGGGGGGAGAGGAGGCCAUGCAAGCCGGGGUCGUUGCCCAGGGAGUGCGGCAGGUCAGCUCACGCUGCCAGGGGCCCAGGCCCUGCUCUCAGGACCCCAGGACAAGCCCCGACAGAAAAGGACCCUGGACACACUUUCCUGGGUCUCCCGUUCCCUCCUGCAACCCCUGCACACGUGGGGAGCUGAGGCUCAGGGAGGCCGCCAGACCAGCGCCCCUAGCACAGGCCCAGCCCCACAGCCCUGAGAGGAGUCCUGGCUCCGAGCUGUCCGGGGCAGAUGGGCGGGGCUCCCCGCCCGGCCACCGCCAGCCCCUGCAGUUCCAGGGGGAGUGGUUCGUCCUCUGCCUGGCCAGCAACACCUACGGGAAGGAGCACAAGGCGCUGCUGGGCCCCUUCACCGCCACUUUCGAGCUGACUGCCCACGGCCACUUUCAGGUGUCGAACGCCAUGACCCGGGGCCGGCGCUGCCACACUUGGUCUUACGAGAUGAUACCGGAGGCCCAGCCGGGGCAGUUCGCGGUGGAGCACGGCAGCGGACCAGGGACUGACAGAGAGGAGAUCCAGGUGGUGGACAGCGACUACACCAGCUUCGCCCUGGUGCUCUCCCGCAGGCCCGCGGGCAGCCUGACCAUCAUCAGAGUCAGCCUGCUGGGCAGGAGCUGGGUGCUGCCCCAGGGGACGGUGGACAAGUUCAUCUGCCUGGGCCGGACGCACGGCCUCUCGGAGGACAACAUCGCCUUCCCCAACCUGGCCGGAUGGCUGCCCCAGGCGGGCACCUGUUGAAGGGCAAAGGGGCCCGCCCGCCCCACAGCCUGGAGCCCCACUGGCAGACGAAUAAACACUCGGCGCAGAGCCCCGCAGUGUGACCAGCCUGGCCUGGGGGUGGGCGAGUCGCGACAACGAGGGCUGCUGCCCUGCAGGUCGGCUCCUCCUGGGGACCCCCAGCCUGCCCGGCCCUCAGGCGGUGUCGUGCGGCUCUCUGCGGUGAGCGUGUGUGUGUCAGGGAGACGGCGUGUGAGUGUGCGUGUGAGUGCGUGUGUGCCUUUGCAUGUCGUCGUGGCCCCUCAGCUGCGUGAGGUCGCGGCCCCCUCCCACGGCCGGCCAGAGCUCGGGCUGCAGGAUGCAGGCUCCCCAACAUGCUCAGCCGCGCGCCGUGCCGGGCCAGGGCGGUCAGGCGAGGCUGGACGGAGCAGCCGGGGCCCAGAACAGGAGGCAGCCCCGGGGCAGGUGUCCCAGGCCUGGGGAUGCGGGAGAAGCAGCCCCAGGCCUGACCCCACUGGGUGUCAGGAGACUGUUCAGAAACAGAGCCACAAAGGGCCCAAGGCCACAGCCCCAGAGCCCCCGUCCCAGCCCGGGCGCCCCAUGAGAUGGCUGCCUGGCCAGCGGAGCAGCCCACGCCUUGGCCCCCCGCAGUCUGCGCCCACCUUGGCCCCCCGCACACUCCGGGCAGGGGAGCAGUUGCGGCCCAGGGCAGCCACGGAGCUGGCCCGGCUGUCUCUGGCCUCGCUAGAGAGCAAAGGGCGCCCAGAGAGACCCGCACGGGCGCCUAACCUACAGCUCCAGAGGGUGGCUCCGGGGCGCCUCCCCACAUCCCCGGGUGAUGGCCCCACGCGUGCUUCCUGCUGGGCAGGACCAAGCAGAUUCUGGAGCGGGCAGCUGGGCAGGGACAGCAGACCAGAAGCCCUCCCUGAGGACCCCGAAAAGACUGGCACCCAUGGUGGGUGCAAACAACGCCACCUGUCACUGCGGCACAGCUAGCCUUCCGGGUGCGCAGGUCCACCUUCUCCAUUGCGCUCCCGGGCUCCACGCUGGCACCUGCCUCAGAGAAGGCUGAACACCUGUGAUGGGAAUGGUGGAUGGUUGGACAGGUGGACGGAUGGGUGGACGGUCAGGUAGAUGGGUGGACAGGUGGACGGAUGGGUGGCGGUCAGGUAGAUGGGUGGACAGGUGGACGGAUGGGUGGUGGUCAGGUAGAUGGGUGGACAGGUGGACGGAUGGGUGGCGGUCAGGUAGAUGGGUGGACAGGUGGACGGAUGGGUGGCGGUCAGGUAGAUGGGUGGACAGGUGGAUGGA